AUGAGUUGGCCAGCAACAAUUUUAUCAGUCGCUUCCACCAUUUUGUCCCUCGUCCUCCUCCCGGUCAGAUUGCUAUUUUCCGCGCUGCUGGUCCUUCUGGCGCCCGCUAUAUAUCUAGGAAGAUAUGUUCUGGCUGCCGCCCUGUUGCCAGUCAAAUUAUUUGCCAAGUUCGAGACUCUCUAUAUAUAUCUUGGCGUAGCAGCGAUUGUAGGAUUGGUCACUGGCGUUAUUCUUCAUUUCUUCUCGACAUUGCUCGUCUCACUGUUCAACCUGACACCAGCAGCUCAAGAGCCACGUCGAACAGCGGCAUCAGUGCGCGCCGAACGAGAACAGAAGAAACUCGAAGCGGCUUGGGAAUUCUCUACAGCGAAGCAAGAACCGGAGAGUUGGCGAGAUGAGGUAGCUUCCAGGAGAAACCAAGCGCAAUGGCUUGAUAUGGAUCGUGGGAGACGACGGGAAGAGCCUGGCUUACUUGGCCAGACAAUUCUAGAAGAGGAGGAUUCUGAGGACGAGUUUUGA